CUACGUAAAACGUUUACGCCUCCGCAAGAUUUGUGCCCACGAUCGGAUUGUGGGAAUCCUAGAUUAUUAGGGUAAUAUGUCCUCCAACUGAAUCACGAAUUAUUGACCUCCGAUCUGCCAGCGUUUUGGCAACUCGUUUGGCGCGUUUGUGGAGAUGCCAGAACCUUUGCAAGUCGUCUGCCCUGGAGUAAAUCUGCCACCUGACCUACUCCCUGAUGAUACACAAGUAGAGUAUGAUCGCUGUGGGCGUCCAGCUUUGGAAGUUGACUACGAUGAUCCUGAUGAUGAAAUUCGUGCUGACAUGAGAGAUCACAACCGCUAUGCUAACCUUGCUUUGGCAUACUACAAUGACAAACAUUGCACUGACUAUAAGGUUGUUAAGGUUCCUGGAGGCCGGCAGAUCUAUGAGGUAACGGCGGGUGCUCAAGUCAUUGUUCACUGUGGCUUUUCAGCUGCACAAUCCACAGCUGCUGAGUGUGAUUCAUCAGUUAAAAGCUUUUUUGCUGUGUUGGAGCAAUCAGAACAAGAUAAUGAUGAUGUGCGUGUUAUUUCUUGUUGCAUUGCGGAUGGUCUCAAAACUGUAGGCUGUGAGGGCUGUGAUAUUACCAUGUGUGGUCCACGGGAUCCAUCGUGGCAUGAGAAGAAGGUCAAGGAUUCGAAACCUAGGGAAGAUAAAUUUCCUUUAUCAAAAUAUGCCCAUUAUUUGGCUGAUGGGGUGAGCUUGAGUGAUAAGGCGAGGUUGAGGCUUCCUUACCCAUUAUUGGCAUUGGAUUACUACAACAAAAAGCAUCGUACACACUACAAGCUUGUGGAUGCCUUGCCAUUCUACAAAUUGAUUGGGUUCAAUUUUAUGAUCCAUUUGAACUUUAUAGCAAGGAAAGAAGGUGAUGUGUCAAACACGCUCUUCUUUGCUGAAUUAGAGAUAUGCAAGUGUGGUUGGGUUGUUACUGUUUGUCGCAAAUUACACGGAUGUAAAACCACUGCUGGAUGCCAUAUCUGUAAGAAUCGUUGGGGGAAGAGAGUUAUUCAUCCCACUUCUGGAUUUCGUUUUGGGCGUUACCCUGAUGUAAAUCGAAGCCUACGCAAACGCCGCUAGAAUUAAGUGGCAAAGAAUGUUGAAGUGAUUUGCAAUUAUAGGUAGCGUGAUUUUGUCAAGUUAAUUAAUUAAGUUGGGGUUGGUUGUCCAGUACAAUGGCUUUUUGAAAUUGGCUUUUGGGCUUACCCUUUUGCGUAUGGAACCCGACGCAAUGGCUGCUAGAAUUAUGUGGGUCUUUUUGGCUUGGGAGUGUAAGUGGCGAAGAACGCUGAAGUGAUUUGUAAUUUAUGAAACUGUGGUUGUGCCUAGUUAAUUAACUAUGUUGUGGCAGUGAAUGCUGAUACACUAAGGUAUUUUGUGAACCCCUAUGUUUGGAUGUGCGUUGGUUGUCAAGUACAAUGGCUUUUGAUAUUUAAGAACCUAUAUGCAUGUGGUUGAUGCUUGCAAUGUGUGCUUUGAAUUAAAGCCUUGUUUUGUU